AUGGGAACAGCCAGGAGUGGAGACUCUGAGCUCAUCCGCCUGAGCGCCAUCGACUACUUAACCGGAGAAGUGCUCAUUAACAACCUUGUCAAGCCUGAUCAACCUAUGCAACAUCUCAACACAAAGUGGUCGGGCGUUACUUGGGAUCAAAUGAAUGAGGCUGUAAGAGAGAAGACCACGCUGAAGGGGAAGGCAAGUCACUCCGUAUGCAAGCUGAAGGAAGACAUCGUUCAUAAUGACCUCAAAGCAUUGAAGUGGAUACACACGAAGGUUGUAGACUCCUACGUCGUAGAGCACAAGAUUAUUCAGGAGAAGAAGGCAAUCGAAGCCAGAGAAAAAGAGCUUAGUGAAGAGGCGGCAAGAAGGGUGGAGGAGUGCCUUCUGGAGGUCACAGGACUAGCGACGAGUAGCAUGCUCACCCCAUUGACCAAUGCGCAGACAAUGGGCGAUUCGACCAACCCCACUGAGGGUGAGCCCAAGAAGAAGAAGAAAAAGGGCACGGGUGAUCUGGCGUUGAAGACACUGCUAAAGAAAUACCUGGACACGGACAUUCAGACCAAGGGCAACAAAGGUCAUGAUAGCUUGGAAGAUGCAACUGCGGCGCGCGAUCUAGUUCACUGGAUGGUUAUGCGGAGACUCCAGGAGAAGUAUGGCGUCCCGAUGUAG